AAAAAAAAAAACAUCCCUAUGUUUUGAUUUUGGACUGAACAGUCAAAUUUCUACUAUAUUAAUAUCAAGUAAGCAGCACCCAUUUGAAUUCACUCUCUUGAUAGACAGGUGCGUUGAUUAUCCCACCUGCUAUUUUAUGCCAAAAGACGACAAUAUCCUCCCUCCACCACCCUCAAAGACAAACAGAAACCCUCUGAUGCAUAGCCAUUGUUUAAGUAUUGUAUUUGUGUGCACCUGUCUAGAAUGUUCUUUCUUCUAGGAAGGAAUUUAUCUGCCAAUAUUUUUGGCUUUAGCAGCAAAGCUCUUCUUGACAGACUAAGGGAAGGAUCUACAGAAAAGUCAUCUGAUUAAAGUUUGGGUCAAAUUAAAACUCUCCGGACAGGACCUUCUUUCCUUCACGUGGAAUUCUGCAAACAGAAAGCAGAUUAUCUCUCCCAGCGAAGAGCAACUCUAGCAAAGCUUGUGGUUUUCAGACUUUGACAGAACUUGUUGAAAACAGCAUCAUCAUAAUAUACUUGUCCCACAUGAUGCAUGAUGAAAUUUAGGAAGGUCUGUUUUCCCCGCUCAGAGUCAUUUCUUUUGUGUUCCUACAGAGCCAAUCAGCCUCCUUUAAGUCCAAGUGAUUAUAUUAACCAUCCCUUUCACUAGACUAGAGGACUUCCUUUUCAUCAUCCAUAUCAUGACCAGCAUGCAUCAAAGGUCUUUCUGCCAAUCCUCCAGGACACCCCCCACAAGGAGAGGAGACCCUGGACCAACAUCCUCUAAGAUGUUUAUAUGGACCAGCGGCCGGACGUCUUCAUCGUACAGACAUGACGAGAAAAGAAAUAUUUACCAGAAGAUCAGGGACCAUGACCUCCUGGACAAAAGGAAAACAGUCACAGCCCUGAAGGCAGGAGAGGACCGAGCCAUUCUCCUGGGACUGGCCAUGAUGGUAUGCUCCAUCAUGAUGUACUUUCUGCUGGGAAUCACGCUCCUGCGCUCAUACAUGCAGAGCGUGUGGACCGAAGAGUCUCAAUGCACCUUGCUGAACGCGUCCAUCACAGAAACAUUUAAUUGCUCCUUCAGCUGCGGUCCAGACUGCUGGAGACUCUCUCAGUACCCCUGCCUCCAGGUGUACGUGAACCUGACUUCUUCCGGGGAAAAGCUCCUCCUCUACCACACAGAAGAGACGAUAAAAAUCAAUCAGAAGUGCUCCUAUAUACCUAAGUGUGGAAAAAACUUUGAAGAAUCCAUGUCCCUGGUGAAUGUUGUCAUGGAAAACUUCAGGAAGUACCAACACUUCUCCUGCUAUUCUGACCCAGAAGGAAACCAGAAGAGCGUUAUCCUAACCAAACUCUACAGUUCCAACGUGCUGUUCCAUUCACUCUUCUGGCCGACCUGCAUGAUGGCUGGGGGAGUGGCAAUUGUGGCCAUGGUGAAACUUACACAGUACCUCUCCCUGCUCUGUGAGAGGCUCCAACGGAUCAAUAGAUAAAUGCAAAAGUGGAUAAAAUGAUUUUUGUUAAAGCUCAAAUACUGUUUUCUUUCAUUCUUCACCAAAGAACCUUAAGUUUGUAAUGUGCGGUCUGUUAUGAGUUCCCUAAUAUAUUCUUAUACGUAGAGCAAUAAUGCAAAAGCUGUUCUAUAUGCAAACAUGAUGUCUUUAUUAUUCAGGAGAAGAAAUAACUGUUUUGUGUCAGUUGGUGGUUUUCAUAAUCUUAUUUCUGUGCUGGAACUAGUACUUUCUUCUCUCAUUCCACCAAAAUAGGGCUCAGUUAUUCAUUUGCCAAGCUUUGUAAGGAAUGUAGGUGACAUCAAUGUGAUAAAGUCUGUGUUCUGAGUUGUCUUGAAAACAAAAUUUUUUAUCACUCAUCGUUUACUAAAGCUACAGCCAAAAAUAUUUUUUUCUUUUCUUGUUCUAAACUGAGCCCUAUAGCAAGCGAAGGGACCAGAUUUCCAAAUUAAAGGAAGUUAGGUGCUUUCCUUGUAUUUUUUACCAUAUCACUGUAAAGAAGAGAAGAAACCCAGCCAGCUACUCUUUUUCCAUCACUUUUUAUUUAUAACUUUAGAUUUUUAAAACUAAUUUCCAAAAUAUAAGCUGUUUUCAUUAGCCAGUUCUAUAAUAUCUUCCCAUGAUUUAUGUAGAAAAUGAACAGACCCCUUUUCCACUUAAGACCCUGCUACUGUGUGAAGAGACGAUACUUAUAAGGAGUAUCAUUACCUAUGAGCUGACUGAAUCUUGGUAGGUGCUCCAUUACAAUCCAGACAAGUCUGUGUUACUAAUAUUUGUGUGGAAAUCCUUAUUUCAUUUCAAUUUAACUGUUAGAUGGUAAAAUUAAGAUGCUACUUGCUGGUAAAAAUUGGUGGACUGAUUUCAUUGGGUAAAUCUGUUGUGGCAAAUUGAUGUGUUGGAAUAUUGCUCUUGGGAGUUUAUGUUUAAGUUAAUGAAUGUGUAGUAUCUUCUUCUGACAACUGUUCCCUAUUGGGAUUUUAAAGCUAUGUGCACAGAAUAUUUGUCUCUUCUACAUGUUUUAUUUUUCUAUUUACGAUUCCCUUUUUGUUGAUAUAUUUUAUACACUGAACAGAUCUUUUUUCUAACACAUAUUUGAACUGAAUAACAGACAUAAAGCCUUUGUUCACAUUGCUAUUUACUUACUGUGUCUGGGGGAAAAUAGGUGGGAUUGAUUUCAAAUAAAAACAUUCCAUCUUUCAUUUAAUAUCAAUAUAAAAAGAAGAAGACAAACAUCUAUCUUUCUCAUCUAUAUUUAAGUACCUUUUUGUAAUGUAGUAUCAAAGUUUUUUAGGUAUUGCGAAAUUUUACAGUCAUUUGUGGAAUGAAUGGUAAAACUAAUCUGAUGAAGUGGAAAAUUAUUCUGCAAUAUUGUAAUUCAUAGUUUGACUUUUCAUAAGCAAAUAAAUCCCUAGGAUGUAAUCAGGACUUCAAAUGUGUAAUUAAAAAUUUUUUUAAAAAUCUA